ACGACCAUGUUGUCUUUUGCGCGUAAUUUGUUUCAGUGCGCUUAAUUUUUGUGAAUUAUUUCCUUCUGUGUCGGUGAAACGGUGUAUUUGUUCUGUGGAAUGUGAAUAACUUUGAUAGGAUUUUUCGGCGUUAGUUUGAAAUGUGAAUUUUAGAUAGUAUUUUACACUUAGAAAGCUACAUUAAGUUUGUGCUUCUUCGGGCAAUAUUACAUAAAAAAGUUUGAGACUCAUCAAAUUUCUUAUACUUCCAUAGCUUGCAUAGUGUUUGGGACUUGAGACAUGUAGAUGGGAUGAGAGUAUGUUAUGGAAUUGCGGGAUGAAGAAGGCGUCAGUUCGUCCCAUGUCCCAGCAAAGAUGAUCCGGAUGCCUGACUUUAUGUCAUUAUUGACCCAAGUUUACAAUCUGUACCGACAGACCAGGUUCAGCUCCAGGAGGGUCCGUAGACGAGUGGUGUUCAAACAUGGCGACUGUAACGUGGUUCAGGGGAAGGUGGCGAAACGAAGAAGAAGGUAUCUACAGGACAUCUUCACCACCCUGGUUGACGCCCAAUGGCGUUGGACCCUCCUCGUUUUCGCCUGCAGCUUCCUCCUAUCAUGGCUGGGGUUCGCCAUAGUCUGGUGGACAAUCGUGUUUCUCCACCGUGACGUCAUAGGAGCCCCAGAUGACCCGGGUGACCCGAGUGACCCCUACAACGUCAACACGACCACGCCGCUGGUGACGUCAGCCGUGCAGCACUGCGUCACGGGGGUACACAGCUUCACCAGCGCGUUCCUCUUCAGCGUGGAGACGCAGCAUACGAUAGGGUACGGCUCCCGGGUCACACAAGAGGACUGCAUCUCCGCCAUCUUCGUCAUGUGUCUGCAGAGCAUCACGGGAGUGAUGAUCCAAGCGUUCAUGGUGGGUGUGGUAUUCGCCAAGCUGUCUCGCCCCAAGAAACGCACCCAGACCUUGCUGUUCAGCAGACACGCGGUCAUCUGUCAAAGAGACGGAGAGCUCUGCCUCAUGUUCCGGGUGGGAGAUAUGAGGAAGAGUCACAUCAUCGAGGCCCAUGUCAGGGCACAGCUGAUCAGGAGAAAGGUCACCAAGGAAGGUGAAGUCCUGCCGUUCUGCCAAACGGAACUGAAGGUCGGUGGGGAUGGAGAGGAAGAUAAAAUCUUCUUCAUCUGGCCUACCACGAUAGUCCACAAGAUCACGUCGUCAUCACCUCUGUACGAGCUGUCUGCAGCCGACAUGCUCAGGGAGAGGUUCGAGAUUGUUGUCAUUCUGGAGGGGGUAAUAGAGUCAACGGGGAUGACGACGCAGGCGAGAUCCUCCUACCUCCCCAGUGAGAUCCUCUGGGGACAUCGCUUCCAGACACUGGUGUCCUUCAAGAAGGAGACGGGUGAGCACGAGGUGGACUAUAGUCUGUUCAACGACACUUACGAGGUGGACACGCCACUCUGUAGUGCGUCGGAACUGGACAACCUGGCCAGACAGAACAGACCAGAUAUCCAGAAACACCCUGCGCCCUCCCCUGACGUAACCAGUGUGACACUAGAUCCCCAGGGACUUCAGGGACUCCAGGGACUGCAAGGGAAGCCAGACAGCUGUGUAGUCCAGCUUCAGCAUGUCCCAGGGCCGGAGUCCCGCAUUUGACAUCACAGAGGGCGGUGAUGCCACAACCUGAGCUCAAGCCUAAGUGUACUUAUGUAAAUAUGUAGAUGAACGGGUUUUGUGUGCGCGUGCGCGAAGAACCAGUCAGUGACGACGAUCUAGU